AAUCAAUCCGCGCGUGUCUCGUGUCGGAGCCAUGGAGACCCCGUUGCUCGCCUGCGCUGCGCCGGUCAGCUCACUCUGCGCCAGCCCCGAACUGGGGUUGGUGGCAGUCGGGGACACCUCGGGCAGCGUCACGCUACUGGACCUGAGCUCAGGCCGCGUGCGGGCCUCCCUGGCCACGUCCGGGGACCCGGUGCUCUGCGUGGCGCUGGCUGCGCCGCUGCGGGCGGCGCUGGGGGCAGGUGGCCGAGCUGCCAAGGAGAGCUCCACGGUGGCGGUCUGGGACGUGGAUUCCGGGGCGCUGCGCGCAGAGAUGAAGUACAAGCACUUGGUGACGUGUCUCAUCUUCGUCCCUGCGCUGCAUGCGGCCAUCACCGGGGACGGCAGCUUUGACCAACGCAGCUCCACUGGGCGAGUGGUCCUGUGGAACCCGGACACCCUGGAGCAGCACAGGAAGCUGCAGUGCGCUGGCGCGGUGACGUCUCUGCUCUACCACCAGGGCCUGAUCUUGUCAGCGGACCGCAGCCGCAGCAUCUGCACCUGGCACCCGGAGAACGGGGAAAAGCUGCAGGAAUUUCAGGUGGACAGCGGCCAGCUGCCUUGGUGCCUGUCCGCUGCAAAUGAGGGGCGCUUUGCCUACAGCGUGUGCAACUUCAAGGAGAACUUUGGCUGCUUCUGUUUGCGCGGCCCUGCUGGCCUCGAACAGUCUCAGGUCUGCGACCACCCGGUGCUGUCCAUCGCAUUUCUGCCAUCGGCGCCGGUGGUGGCGCUGGGACUCCGCAGCGGGGAGCUGGUGCUCUGGGACUUGGAGGCGCGGCGGCCGCGGCGGACGGUGCGGCUCGGCAGCGCGGUGAACGCCUUGGCGCUGAACCUGGUUCGAGGGGAGCUGUUGGCUGGCGAGAAAAGCGGCGCAGUGAGCAGCUGGCCCUUGGCAUUUCUGCUCUCUGACUGACCCCACCGAAGCCACGGAUCCACGACGAGUUGCAGGCCUUGAUCUGCGGGAAGCGGGAAGGACAGCUGCAGCCAACUGCGACAUGGCGUGAGGUGUGCGGCAGCCGACUUGCCUCGCGGGGCGUGGGGUGAGAGAUAUCCGGAGCUGAUCGACUUCAGCUCGUUGUGUGGCAUUUGUGCCUUUAACGCCAAGCUGCCACUCAGUGAUGCAGAAGGGGCCAGACACAAGAGCUGCGCAGAUCAACCGCCCAGAAUUCUGCACAUCAGUCA